AUGUCGCUGCCGUUGUGCACUGUGCUCCUGCAUUCGCAUCGGCCCUGCUUAUGCGUGCUGCCGUCACCCAGCAGACAGUGCCGUGGGUCCACUAACGGCGUUCGUGAAGGAGCUUGGCUGGGCGGAUUACAGGAAGACGCGACACGCCGCGGAUGUCAUGCAGAGUUUCUGUUCUCGAGCUGGCGCCAGGCGAUUGGCGUCAUCGUCAAGCUGGACGACAGCGGGCAUCGCGCAUACCUCAAAGGUGCGAGCGAGAUCUCUGCGCGGAAGAAGCUGAGAGCGACUGCGCUGCCCUAUCGUGACUUCGAGUCCUGGCCACCUGCACGUGCGCCGUAUGCUGCGAAGGACGAGGCCGAGUACGAAGACAUGGCACAAGAUCUGACUCUCGAAGACCUUCUCAGAGAGGGUGUACGGGAUGCUGUCGCGGACUGUUUUCAGGCUGGCGUCCCUGUCAAGAUCAGUGCACGGGCGACAACGUCCUUACGGCGCGUUCAUUCGCGCUGUAGUGUGGCAUGUUCACCGAAGGCGGCCGGCGAUAGGACAGUCAUUAGAACGUCUUCGAGGGCAUCACACGGAACUACCACUUACAUGGGGAUCAUGCUGAUCGAGAUCGGUGUGCAAAUUCUCCUCGUGUUCGUCGGCGGUACCGCAAUUAGCGUUACGCGAAUCGGCGGCGCUGAGUGGGGUGACAGUCUGGCUCUAGGUCUCGUCUCCAUACCUCUGGGCGUCCCUACUCGUUACGUUCACAGCGAGCCAGUUGAACGGCUUUUGAAGGCACUGCAUAUAAUGUCAAACCCUAUCAUUCUCCCGACGACCCAUACGGCUGGCGACUGGAACACCGCGAUCGAAUCCGUGAGGGAUAACCUGCGCACGUUCGCGGCGGUCGUGUGCCGACAUCUGUCGGACAGGGCACCGUUGAGCCCGAACGGGCUUGCCGACCCCGCUCAGUUUGACCUCUUGAAGUCCUUCGUUGUGCUGUGGGAGGGAUGA